AGAAAAUCUCAGUGUGCCAAGAAUUUCAUUGCCCCCUAAGACUCAAUAAGCGCGAUCUGUAGAAAAUUAUUUUAAAGUGAGAAUUUAGUUAAAUCGGUCAUCUUCAUAAAGUUAACGUCUCAAAAGAGCAAUGGGAAAUUUAAGCCAAGUAUCCAGCAAUUUUGAUGCCUUGAGGUAAAUUAUAAUAAGUUAAUUCUCAAACAGUAGUGGAUGAUAGGCUUUUCAGUACUAUCAUAUUACUCAUUUGCACUAUCUUAGUCUGUUACUUUUAAAUGUAAUUUUUUUAAAUCAUCCGGAUUUCAAAUGUAGGUUUCUCAAAAUAGGAAAAACUAAAAAAAAAUAUAAAAAAAGUAAAAAUAAUAAGUAUUAAUUAAUAAAGUGUAUUUGAAUUUAAAAUAUCUUUUUACUACUAUAUUUAGCUUUAAUCCAAUUAAUAAAUCUAAUAAUUAAUGAACAAUUUAUUAUUUAAUGUAUGUUAAAUUUCUGGUUUAAAAUAAUUUUUUGUUUAAUGUAAUAUGAUAUCAAUUAAAUCUCACGGUUCAUUCUUCACCAUAUAUUUAUAAAAAUUACCUUGUGUUUCAAAGCAUGAACCUUAUUAAAUUAUUGUUUUAUUUCCAGAAUGCACCACUUCCAGUUUUUUGCCGUGGUUGUUAUGGUAUGUUUUCUCAGUUUCUUCCCAUCACGGCGUAAAUUGGAGUCACCUAGCGUGCUACAUGGAAUGAUGCAUCUCGGAAGUUUUGCCGCUAAUUUUGGAGCACAACUUUGGGUUACAUUAGUAGCAGGUAGGCCUAAAGAUUGAUUUUCUCUUAUCAUUCUUAAAAAAAAAAUUACUUAUUAGAUAUUAUUUUCAAUAAUUUUAUCAGUGAGUUAUGUUCCACUUGUUUUUGCGGCAUUAAAAUUAGUUUUCCACGUAUUGCCACCAAUUGGACAGCGGGUCCCCCCCCCCCCCAAGCCCUUUAAAAAAAAAAAAUCUCUUUUUUUGGUGUUUUUUUGUUGUUGUUUUUUUUUUUUUUGCCUUACCUCUUUUUGAGAAACAUCAAGAUGCAGACAUUACACAAGUGGCCAACCACAAAUAAGUUCAUGCUCCUCUUCUCCCAUCGUGACUAAUUUAAAUAUACUAAUAUACUCAACACAUUCGUCUUCGUGACCUCUUCUCCCCAACCCCAAUCUUUUUUCUUUAAAAAAUAAAAUAAAUCUUCAGCAUUUUAAAUUGGCUUAGACUUAGAUAUUCAUAAGUCACAUAAGAAUGAAAAAUUGAAUGGUUUGAUCGAUGAACACAUCGCAGGCGGGCGAUCUGGGGUACCUUAGUUUUGGAGAAAGGUACCGAAUUUUAGAUUGCAGGCAGGCGCCGGCCCUGUUCGUGGUCAGAUUAUCGCAGCAUCUUAUUUUUAAAUAGAAUUUGCAAUAGUUGAAGUGUUAAAUAAAUUAUGUUAACCAAAUACAGCAAUGCCUAAUACAAAAUUUACACUAAUUUUUAAUUCUUGUAUUGUCUUCCUCAAGGUUUGACAAUGUUCUACAGUCUUCCCCGUCACAUGUUUGGAAAAGUGCAAUCUAAAUUAUUUCCAAUGUUCUUCCUGUGGAGUUUAGUGUGUUCUUCCAUAACAUUGUAUACAUUUUUGGCUCAACACCCAUGGGACACCUGGGAGAAUGGACACUUGGUCCAGGUAAAUUGCAAAAUGUUUUUAACAUUAAAGAGUAGAUGCUGGUUUUUUAAAAACUUAUUAACAAGUGUUACAGAAAAUGACAUUUGUAUCUAAUUUGAAACAUUUUUUAGUUCAAAAUUAACUCACAAAAUAUAGGCUAACUAAAAAAUUAUUUCUAAUAUAAUAGUUUAGUGAUAUGGCAAAUGUGUAAUUUUAUUAACACAGCGCCUCAGUCAUAGUUUGAGCCUGUCAUCUUAGGAAAAGUUAAAGUCUCUUAAAUGUAAACAUACCUCAAGAUAGAGAGCAAAUUUCUAAGUCAAAUAAAGAGCCCUUUUAAGCAAAGGGCAUGGUUUUUUUGGUGGCUUUCCAGCACAUCAUUACAUAAUAAAUUAACACCAAGAUAAUUUUUCUGUAGCAUUACUUCUGAAGUCUAUCUAUGAAGAGUAGCCAGAAUGAUCAAUACAUUGAUCGCAGGCCCUCAAAAUAUAGAAGAAGAAGAAUAAAGUGUUAUAACUUCCAAAUAAGCUCUUGAAGUGAGAGAUAUUAUUAUUACCGGUAUAUACUUAACCGUAUUAACUAAAGUUUGCAUCUUUCAAUUUGUUUCAGGCUGUCUCUCUCUCCAUCUGUUUUGUAACCGCUGGACUGAAUUCACUAGUGGUCUCUCCUCUCAUUGUCAGUGCAAUGUUGAAGACAUUCAAAAUGGAGGUGGAUGCUGGGGUUGGUGAUGUCAUCGGCUACGCAGACAUGAAAGAGUUAAAAAAGAAUCCCCAGUACUUUGCAUCCUACAGGAAGUUCCGACGCUGUCAUGGAGCCAGUGCCAUGCUGGUGGUAUCUUCACUUGUUGCCAACACAGUUUACCUUUAUUUCUUAACAAGUCGUUGUAUACCGUUGUGAGGAAUCAUUACACUGCAAUAAGCUGUUUGAACGAAUAUUGCAAUCUCAGAUGUUGAAUUUAUUAACUUUGAAAAAUUGAGGUUGAAAUAUUAUUUAAAUGAAGAUUUUAAUCAAAGACAAAUAAUUAGUAUAGACCGAUUUGGGCUCCUGGUUUUUUUAAUUUAAUGAUCGUUAAUGAGUAGGCUUGAUAUUUAUUUUACCUUGGUGGCUUCAGAUAAGAUUAGGGUUAUAGUUAUGCAUUAAGAGUAAAUUUUGCUUUGAAUUAAAGUAAGGAGCCUGAUGGAUGAAACUCUGUGAUGUUCAUUUUAAUUGUCAAUGUUAGGUACUUACGGAGAUAUCUUGAUUCCAUCCACGGUGUUUGGGAAUGGAGAAGAUAGAGCAUUAUGUUUUUAUUAACAAUAUUUAAAAGCUAGUUUGAAGAACUACUUAUUCCAAGUCUUCUAAAUAUGUUGAAAUACUUUGAUCUUAGCUUUUGUUACAUAAACUAAAUACUGAAUAAAUUGAGCAAUUCCAAUCUUUCAUAAAUAAUAUUUUUUUAAAGUUUAGUCGAUCACACAAAUUUUUGAAGGCAUACUAGGAAAUUAUUUUAUUUACUGAAUUAGUAUGUUAAAUAUAAUUAUGUUGAUCUUCGGUCAGCCCAAUGUUUCUAACAUGAUAUUUGAUUUAAUUUUUUUAUUUUAAAGGCUUUUAAAAACGCAUGAAAUGCUAUAUAUAUCAACGAAUUUUAUAUGGUACUUUGUUCAUUUGUUGAAGCAACAUGUUAUUUAUGAAAAUUUGAUGUGGCAUUAUUGUUUUUGCUGGAAUACAAGCUUGUAUCAAGCUGUAAAGCAAACCCCAGAAUCUUUUGGUUUAUGUAAGUCACACAAAGUGAUAUUUUGAAAACUAAACUCUUGUUAGCUUUGAUUGACUUAAAUGAUUCUCACUUACCUGAUAUACAUAACUUAAUUGGAAACAAGAUCUCAUUUUGUAAAUAUAUUUUGCUGUAAAUUAUAGUUAAGUAAAUAUUUUAUAUUUAUUUACUUUAUUUGUGAGUCAGGGUUGUGUGUGAGCAGCUAGUACUGAAGUGUGAUGUGUUUGAUUUAAUGCGAAUAUAUUUUGAUGAAUUUGUAGUUUUUAUUUGGUACUUAAUACAAGAUACAAAAUACAUUCGCAGUCUU